GUGGAAGAUAGACUGAGGUCAGAAGAGAAUGUUUGUGAACAACAAGGAUGGUUUCAUGCAGAGAAAGAGAACCACAGAUGUUUGCUUGAAGAUGUCCCUGCAGAAGAACAGAGAAGACAUGGAGGCCGAUGGCAUCAGCAUCUGGCCCCGCAUGGAGCCCUUCCUACUGGGCCCCCUGCAGGUAGCGCCCCCCCCAAAGCUCAGUCUUCACUACCUUCGCAAGAUGGCGAUCUACGUUCAGACGCGGGACGGCUGCUGCCCUGCGCUGGGGUGGCCCAUGUGGAGACACAUUGCCUGCGGGAAGCUGCAGCUGGUGGAGGAGCUGGCCUGGCUCUACUUUGAGAGCUUCGACCUUCUCCUGGGACACAGCGCGGAGGAGCGGCUGGAGUGGGCCGAGUGCCUGUCCCAAUGUUCCUGCAAGGCUGAGCUGGACCAGCAAAGGAACAAGCUGUCUGUGGACACCCUGCAGUUCCUCCUCUUCCUCUUUAUCCAGCAGCUGAACCGGGUGUCUCUGCGCACCUCUUUGAUCGGUGAAGAGUGGCCCAGCCCUCGCUCCCGCUGCCCCUCCUCAUCAGACAGAGACGUCAAGACCAGCUCUCAUAACAAGAACUGGGACGAUCAGGCGCACCUGUCUUUCCUGCAGACUCACCUGGUAGACAUGGUGGAGUUGCUGCUGGAGCCGGACCAGCUGUCACCAUCUGGACAGGCCCAGAGAGACUGUCAGGUUUCUCUGGAGGCUGUCCGCAGUCUGGACCUGCUCCUGGAGGGCUCCCUCGGCCCAGAGAAACCCCCUCUGCCCCUGCACCGUCUGCUCAGCAGGGGUCCGCUCCAGACGCAGGCUGGUUACUCCCCCCUGAGCCGCUCCUUCCCCCUGCACCAGCUCCUGUCCUGCCUGCAGCAGUGCCUCACGCUGAACCCGUUCGGGAUCACGGCCUGCCUGCAUUCCGGGAAGAAGCUGGCCUGGGCCCAACAAGUUGAGGGGUCCAUGAAGAGGGCCAAGAUAGCCAGGAACACCCACAUGGCUCCCGCCGGCAGUAAGAUGGUGCUGAUGUCGCAGGUCUUCAAGCAGACUUUAGCUAAAGCGUCGGACAAGCUGACGGGCGCCAACGUGAAGAUCCACCGCUGCUCUGCCGCAUUCAUCUACCUGCUUUCUCCUCUCAGGUCCGUCACUCUGGACAAGUGCCGGGACAGCACGGUGGUUCUGGGCCCGGUGGAGACCAGCGUCCACAUCCACAGCUGUCAGAAUGUGCGGCUGGUUUGCGUGGCCCGCAGGAUCUCGGUGGGAUCCUCCUCCCGCUGCACCAUCCACACCCUGACCCCCACCCGCCCGCUGCUUCUUCCCGGAAACACUGACAUCACGCUGGGUCCUUUCCACACCUUCUACCCCUCCCUGGAAGAUCACAUGGCCAGCGUGGGGCUAGCUGUCGUCCCCAACGCCUGGGACUGCCCCUCGUUGCUGGGCACAGAGGGCGUCAUCCAGCAGACGGACAGCUGCUGCUACCACCUGCUGCCUCCCUCCCAGUUCCACAUGAUGGCAGUGCCGUUCCAGAUGGAGGGGGACACGUGUGAGGUCCCGGGGGGGCUGCCUCCUGCCUACCAGGCUGCAGUGGUGGAGAAGCAGAAGAGGAUACAGAGCUGGCAAAGGACGGUGAUGGAGGCCCGACUCAGCAAGGAGCAGAAGAAGCUCUUCCAGGACCUGGUGGAGGUCCGCUUCCACGAGUGGCUCCUGGCAUCAGGCCAUCGCCAGGAGCUGGACAGCCUGGCCCCGCCCACUCUGGCUGACCUCAGGGCUGAGGAGGGACACUCCCCCCAUACUGCUUAAAGUGUUAACCUUGGGGUGGGGGGGGUGUGCAGAGAGCAACACAACAGGGAGCGUGGCGUGAUCCAGCACAGGAGCAUCCUCACAGUCCUCUUGAACCUAACUGGAUCAGCGCCUCAGCUGUGAGAGUAGACAGUAGGUGUGGCAGCGCUCCGAACUCCACCUUCUGUGGCAGCUCCAUAGCAGCAGCAACACUCUGAGAAGAACCGACGAGGAACCAGAUAGAACACUGACAUGUACUCAGAAUGUUAGUGUGUACGAGCUAACUGCUGUCUCAGGUCUGACCCCCGACGUUCACGCCGUAACCCUCUGCUGUAGUUUCAGGAGGAAGUCUCUGUAUGUCAGCUGCACAUGGUUUCCCCUUCUGUCAAACAGCAGCAGUCUGUCCACAUGUCUCAUCUGUUGCUUUCAUGAUCUUUCUGCAGCAAAGGAUUCACUCUAAACUCCCUUCUCAGCAGAAGUUUCUGUUACAGACAGAAGAAGAGAUUUGUUCUGUUCACACAUUAAACGUUUUGCUAUGAAAGCA